AUGGCUGACCCUUCCAUCCCCCAUGUUAUUCCAAGCCAGAUCUCCACUCUCAUUGAGUGUCUGGAGAACCAGACUCUGGGUUUACAGAUUCUGCGUGAGUACGGAAAUCUUCUCAGACAUUUACACUACGCGCUGGUCAACGUGUUGGCCUGCGAUCCAGGACGUCAGACACUGACCGACGAUGCAUUCCAACGCCAAAAAAGGCGACUGGAUUAUUCUCCAGAGGGAGUUCCUGCGCCUAAGCGUCAUAUCCUACAUUGGGACCCUGCAGCCACCGUGAAUCAGCCCGAGGUGGGGGAAAGGUCAGUUACCGGUCUAUCUGAUUUCUCUACGUCCGGCUUCGGGGCGGCAUUUCAACCACCCGAAGACAUGCUGCCGCCCUCGCCACAAGACCAGGGACAAAUGCCCCACGCCGCGCCACAAGAAACGUUGCCAGCCUCAGUAGAAUCUAUGGCUUCGUUCCAUGCACCCGCGGCGUCCGGGGCGACAUACCUUCUCCCCCCAUCAAUACCAAGCCCAUCUCCCUUCGUACAGCCCUCUCCUCGAUCACCCCAGGCUCUCACACUACCGUCACAGAAUAUCCAUCCCCUUCGACAGCCACCGCCGCCGCCGUCACCAAAUUAUCAGGAGCCAUGGUCGCAAGCCCCGGCGGCGCCCGUUGGAGUCCCCACCCCGCCAUUGCAGGAGCCAGUUGCGUCGCCACAAUCGUAUGCUCCUGGUAGACCAGGCAGUCUGUCCCCUGAUCGCCAAGAAAGCGAUAUUGCCAACUCUCUAUUUUGCGCAACAAUGGAUACCGUGUUCGCGCUUAGCAACGCGGGGGACGACGGCGGAUUCUCCAGCCUCCCUAAGUUAGCGGAGCGCAUCGUAUAUCUGGCGCCGUACCAAGAUUGUCCCGUGUUGCGGUUCACCAACUCUCACGCCCAGCCCAAGAGCGUAACCGAAAAGAGUUUCGCCGAACAUGUCUACAAUGUCUUUUGUGCGUUCUGGCUCCUCGACCGUAAGUCAAAGUUCUUCAACCCUCAGAUGUAUGAUCCAGACACCCCUACGCCACCGGGCCGGCCAGCUACCGUGAGCCGCUUUACAAUGGAAUAUUUGCAGGAACUGGAAGACAUCGGAAAGAUCUUCGGCCCGUUAAGUAUCAAUCAGCUCGACAGGAAAGACAUCACGAAGGGCCUUAGGAUAGGGAAUAGCCUUCAAUUUCUACAAAGUCAGUUUGAUCCGUUCCCUCCGCGACAGGGGCUUCACGAUGUGGUGUUCCUGAUUGUAGGGAAGUUGCUCAAGUUGCGGAGAGCGACUGAGAUCGACUGCGGCGUGUUUGCCACGCUCUGUGUCGGAAGCAGGGUGCCGCAGUGGUUGGCGACCAUGGGGCGCUUUUUCCACGUUACCUUCGACAUUCUGUGCGAGUUUGCGGUCCAAUUCUGGGAUUACAGCAAGGUAUCGAAUUGGACAGCCGCCGUUUAUGAAGCGGAGGUCAAGGAGUUCUUGAGAGCUAAACUGCGAUCGGCUGAAGUUGAGCUGAACACUUUACAAUCUACCGUAGAGCAUUUGCGAGCGAGUAAUCAGCUUCUAAACCUCACCCCUGGCUCCGAAGUUGCUGACGGCUAA